AUGAAAGCCGAAGACCAUUGUUUCAUAUGCAAUCAGAUAAAAUGUAUUGGAAAACGAGUCGAAUAUGUACCAUCAAACAAGAAGCCAGCUGCAAAAACUCUGAAGGGAGGAAUUCAAGCGAAAAAAGGGAAAAAGAAGGGCGUAAAGAAAAUAGGUAGGAGUACGAAGAAAGCUGGGAAGGUUAAGAAGAAGAAAAAGGAAAAGUAG